UCAGCCAGGGUACAAAUUGUAGAGCUGGUGCUCGGGAACAGACACACUCACGCACCUACACACCUGUCUGCUGCAGAAAGAAGGCUCUCAGUUCAUAUCUCUUUGUAUCUGUGAGUUCGGCAGGCACAGUCAGAAACCAGUGCUUUCAGGUCGCACAGACCAGCACAGACACCAUCUGAAUACACAGAACAAUGAGCUCCCCAAAGCAUGUCAUCUUCAAGAAAAUCUCCCGCGACAAGUCGGUCGGGGUUUAUAUGGGGAAGAGAGACUUUGUGGAUCAUGUAGAUUAUGUGGACCCCGUGGAUGGCGUUGUCUUGGUGGACCCCGAGCUUGCAAAAGGAAAGAAAGUGUACAUCACGCUUUCCUGCACCUUCCGCUAUGGGCGUGACGACAUGGAUGUGCUGGGGAUUGCGUACCGGCGGGAUAUCUACGUGUCGACCCGGCAGGUGUACCCACCGCUGCAGGACAGGAACGCCCACACCAAGAUGCAGGAGCGCCUGCUACGGAAACUGGGGAACAACUCCUACCCCUUCUUCUUUGAGUUUCCGGAUAACCUGCCGUGUUCUGUGGGUCUUCAGCCAGGUCCUACAGACGUGGGGAAGUUCUGUGCAGUCGAGUUUGAGGUGAAGGCCUUCUGUGCAGAAAACCAAGAUGACAAAAUCCAGAAACGGAGCUCUGUGCGCUUGGUGAUCCGGAAGCUGCAGUACGCCCCAGAGCAAUCAGGACCCCCUCCCCAAGCCGAGACCACCCGGGAGUUUGUGUUGUCGGAAAAGCCGCUGCUCCUGGAGGCCAGUCUUGAAAAGGAGACUUUCUACCACGGAGAGCCCAUCAAUGUGCAUGUGAAUAUUACCAACAACUCCUCGAAGACUGUGAAAAGCAUCACAGUGACAGCUGAGCAGGUUGCCAACGUGGUGCUGUAUUCCAAUGAUAAAUACACCAAGCCUGUGGCUGAGGUAGAUAGUGAUGAUAAGGUGGCUGCCUCUGCCAGUCUCAAAAAGGCUUACACCCUUUUGCCACUGCUGGCUAACAACCGGGACAGUCAAGGCCUGGCUCUGGAUGGCAAGCUGAAGCAUGAAGAUACCAACCUGGCUUCUUCCAGCAUUGUGAAGGAAGGAGUCCUAAAGGAGGUUCUUGGGAUCCUGGUCUCCUACAGGGUUGUGGUCAAGCUCAUUGUUGGAGGGAUUUUGAGCGAUAUUGCUGCCAGUGAGGUCGGAGUAGAGCUGCCUUUCCGUCUGAUGCAUCCAAAACCAGAAGCUGUGAAAGAAAGUGAAUCAGAAGAGGACAUAGUCUUUCAGGAAUUUAAACGCUCUUAUUUGAAGGGGCUUUUAAGUGAGAAGGAAGAGGAAGAGGAUUGAAACAUCUACCCACCAGAGUGAAGGAAUGCUGGAUCACGUAGAAUAGCAGCGUGUGACACAUAACCUAGUCUCAUGUUAUGUUGUUACUGUAAACCAGUUACAAUCUUUUACUGUUAGACCACUAAGUAGGAUGCUAUGUUAAUUUAUGGACCUACAGUACAUUUGUGUUUAAAAUUGUCUGACUAGGAAUGACACACUGAGAUAUUUUCUGCAACAGCUUAACAGUAGCAGACCAAUAUUUUUCAAGAGCAUAAUAAGAAGGUAAGCUAUGGAAUCCAUUAUCCCAUUCAAGACUAAUGCACUAAAUGUCAAAUCUAUCUGAUUUAUUUUAAACAAAAGACUCUUGGUAAGCCUGGUUCGUAACUUCAUAAUAACAAUGUCUGGCCUGUUGCUGUUUACUGAUUAAGAUCCAUUGAGGUAAAUGUGGAAAGACUUAAAUCUAGGUAGGGAUUUGGAUGGUAAACCAUGCUUAUUUCCUGUAUUUCUUUAAACAUAUCUCUGUUCAGUUACACUUACCCUGAAUUGUAACUCCUCUUGCAACUUUAAUGAAGCUAUCGCCACUUUGAAACUUUGUGUUAUAGGAAUAACAGGCUAUAGACAGUAAUUGGAAAUAAACGUACUCUUACGACA